AUGGCCAACAUUCCAGCCAAUCUUGCAAUAUCACUACCCACGUUAGUUGGCUCUAUACUUUCUUGUACUGCGAGCUUUCUCGCUCUUUGCCUUCAUGCGAUUGUUCCUCCACCACGACGUCAUUUCCGGCAUGCACUGAUAGUCAACCUGCUUGUUGCAGACUUUAUUAACAGUCUCAAUAACACGAUAUCUGGUAUCCUCGUUCUUAAGAAUGGUUACGACGACCCGAAAGCCCCUCCCAACAAUGCCUGUCUGGCCAAUGCCUGGGUCGGUCAAUUUUCAGUACAAGCUAUCGACUUCAACAUUUUAAUCAUAUCCUUAUCAGUAUUACUAGCCGUUCAGAGACAGCAGAUCCUUGAUGACUCGUCAAGGAUGAUGAGCGUCAUCAUUUUAAGUCCUUACUUGGCCCUACCGGCUGAUUUCUUUCUGAAUAAGCAUCCAGGCUUUGUAGGACUCGGUCUCGGCAUAUAUGGUCCAGUAAGUGGUAAUUGGUGCUGGAUACAGUCCCAUCAUCUUGGCCUCCGCUAUGGCCUCACACACGCUUGGCGCAUUGCUAUCUUCCUCGCAACAGUCGCCAUUUACACGUACAUAUAUAUCAGGCUUCGACGUUUGUUCAGCUCUCUCAAAGAUGGCUUCCAAUCGUCUACAACCCGGGGAGACACCAUAUACAUGCGAUCGAGAAUUGAUCGAGAUAACACUGAGCCGUCCGAUACUCAGCGAAUUUGGGUCACAACUACUGUCGCAGCUUCAUAUGAACUGGAGUCCCUAGAGAUAUCGAAGGGAGAUCAGGGGGGUUCAGUGUCGAGUGAUGGAAAAGUACAGUGGUCAGCAUGUGCGGCGCCCGAAGCUCCUUCACCCGAAGCCCCAUGUACCAACCACACUCAACAAUCGUCAAACCCCCCUGGACCAUACAGACACGGACCAACAUCACCGAAUCUACGAAAAAUGCUUCUUCUGAAUGGAUAUCCUAUCGCGUACAUUAUUCUCUGGAUACCGGGUAUGGCGAACCGUUUGGCUGAGUCAGUAGGCACUUCACCGAAAUGGCUCACUGGCCUCCAAGCUUGCACGCAAUUCGUAGGACUAGUCAAUGCUUUGACAUAUAGUUUCACAGAGCAGAUGCAACGUGCGAUACAGAUGUGGAUGAAGAGGCGAAGCUUCCGGACACUUGAUCCAUAA